ACUUUAUUACUUUCUUUUUUUUUUUUUUUUUGGUCUAUGAUGCACGCAUCCAUGACAGAAUAGAGGAGGGGGUACAGAGAGAAAGAGUAGAAGAGGAGAGAGACGGAGAGAGAGAAAGCAGAGGAUAUGGAGGUGAAAUGGUGAUGGAGGAAGGAAUAGAUAUGGAACUCAAAAGGAAGAGAAAAAGCUGGAGGGGUUUGAAAUAGUGGCAGCAUAUGUUUUUUUGGUGAAAUGGGUGUGGCUUUGUUUCUCUUGUCUUGGAGGAGAUUCAUGGCGUUUUGUAAUAAGGAAUAUGAUUGGUGGGACUGAAGCCACCGAGCCCACCUUUUUGGUCUACAAUCUUGGGGGGUUUUUUCUCUGAUAUUUCAAGAACAUUUAAUUUUUUCUGUGAUUUUGUUUUGUCUUUUUUUAGAUGAGAGGUAUACCCUUUAAUUUUCAGGGGCAGGGAGUGUUGGAGAAGUGGAAAGAAGAAGAGGUUCUUAGCUUUCUGAGCAACGAACCCACCUCUGUUUUGGAUACGCGAAGAAGCCCAAGCCCUCCGACAUCGACAUCCACAUCGACGCUGGCUUCGUCUUUCGCCGGAGGAGGAGGAAGUACUGGUAGUGUUGGUGUUGGUGGUGGUGGUUCGGCCGACAACAUACCCGGCGUGGCAGCAGGGCCUCUGGUUUCUGACAACUGUCUUCAAAAAUGGCCUGUUUCUUUGCCGCUGGAGACAAACCCACCUGACCUCGGCGGCGUUUCUGGUGGUGGUAGCCGGAAGGACGAGUGGGCGGCGGAGCUCCAGCCCAUAACGAGUGGACUGGUGGAGCUUGUUGCCGGCGGAGUCGGAGAAGAGAGAUGUGGGGGUCUUGGGCUUGGGCUGGAGGAUUGGGAGAGCAUGUUAUCGGAAUCGGCAGCCGCUUCGCCGGGCCAUGAGCAGUCGCUUCUCCGAUGGAUCUCCGGCGACGUCGAUGACCCGUCAUUCGGUCUGAAACAUCUCUUGCAGAGUGGAGGAAAUCCUCUGGAGUUUGACGGCAAUGCCGGGAUGGGAAUGCUCGAUCACAGCGGUGCCGUGUUUGAAGCUUCAGGCGCUCCGGCCACUGGUAAUCUGAUCACAACCUUGAAUCCGUCUUUUUUAGGUAUCGGUGGUUCUGGGUUUUCUGCAAAUAAUAACAACAAUGGAAAGAUUGCUUCAAUCGCACAGAACCUCUCCACAGGGGUUGUUAAUUACAAAGCUUCUACUGUUGGGUUGAACAAUAACUAUAAUCCCCAAAAUCCCGUUUUCUCAGCAUCACUCAACAACCUUCCUUUACCAGUUUCGUUAUCUCCUGGUAUGAUUUAUCAGCAGCAACAGCAACAGCUGGAAACCCCUGAAGAAAAGCCUCAGAUUUUCAAUACACAACCGGCAAUUAAUCACCAUCAACAGUCCCAAAAUCCUAACUAUUUUCCGGUACCGCCCUACACCCAACAAGACCAGCACCACCUCCUUCAGCCGCCUCAAGCCAAGCGGCACAACCCUGGCGGUCUGGACCCGAGCUCUCAGAUGCCAAAAGUCCCUUUUGCUGAUCUGGGUCAUGAGUUUUUACUCAGAAGACAGCAGCAGCAGCCACUGUGUUUCACUAACCAGCUGCAAUUGCUUCCACAACAUCAGCUUCAGCAGAAGCCGUUGAUGUUGAGCAAGCAGAAGAUGGUGGGAGGCGGGGAAGAAAUGGCGCCCCAAUCCCAUCACCAGCAGCAGCAGCAACAACAACAACAGGUUUUGCUGGACCAGCUCUGCAAGGCAGCAGAGCUGGUAGGCACUGGGAAUUUCUCAAUCGCGCAAGGGAUAUUGGCGCGGCUCAAUCAUCAGCUCUCCCCGGAAGGAAAGCCGUUUCAGAGGGCUGCUUUCUACUUCAAGGAGGCUUUGCAACUGAUCCUUAUGAAUAACAACCCAGCUGCCUCCCCUCCACUAAGGAGUCCCACACCAUUUGACGUCAUCUUCAAGAUGGGUGCUUACAAGGUGUUCUCUGAUGUCUCUCCUCUUAUUCAAUUUGCAAAUUUCACUUGCAACCAAGCCCUCCUGGAAGCUCUUGAUGAUGCUGACAGAAUCCACAUUAUAGACUUUGAUAUCGGGUUUGGUGCGCAAUGGGCUUCCUUUAUGCAGGAGCUUCCUGUGAGGAAUAGGGGUGCCCCAUCAUUGAAAAUUACAGCCUUUGCCUCUCCUUCCACCACCCACCAUCCCCUGGAGCUCAAGCUUUUGCGUGAAAAUCUAACACUAUUUGCUGAUGAAAUUGGAAUUGCCUUUGAGCUUCAAGUGGUGAACUUUGAUUCCUUCGACCCCGUUUCCUACUCAAUGCCUUAUUUUCAAACCUCUGAUAAUGAGGCAAUUGUGGUGAAUUUCCCUAUCUGGUCCUCUUCCAAUCACCCGGCUGCCCUGCCCUUGCUCCUGCGUUUUAUAAAGCAGCUCUCACCUAAGCUUAUGGUCUCUUUGGAUAGAGGUUGUGAUCGAGGUGACCUCCCAUUGCAGCAACAUCUCCUGCAUGGCAUCCAAUCCUACACCAACCUCUUGGAAUCUCUUGAUGCUACUAAUGCGAUGACAGACACUGUAAGCAAAAUUGAGAGGUUCCUCUUCCAGCCGAGGAUAGAAAGCACUACUCUGGGUCGACUCCGUUCCCCUGACAAAAUGCCUCCUUGGAAAACACUCUUUGCCUCAGCUGGAUUCACACCUGUACCCUUCAGUAACUUCACCGAAAGUCAAGCAGAUUGUGUGGUGAAGAGGACACUUGUGAGGGGAUUUCAUGUUGAGAAGCGUCAGGCAUUGCUCAUUCUCUGCUGGCAGAAUCGGGAGCUUAUCUCGGCUUCUGCUUGGAGGUGCUGAGGAUCAGCAAUUUGGCAGGCAGGAGAGUCUCGGAGCGGUUCACUUUUCUCUAUAGAGGUGCCGACUUAUUUUCUUUGAUAUUAAAUCAAUAAAUCUCUAACUAUGGAGCUGGCACCUGUUUUGUGACCUAAUUCUUGUGAAUGCUCUUGCUUGUGAAUCUCCUUUGCUUGUCAUCUAUCUCAACUAGAUAGACUGGUUUCCUAGUAAAACAAAACAUUUAACUAGAAUUUGAGUAGUCUUCUUUCAUUAAUCUUUUUCUUGAACAUGGGUAUCGAUAUAUGGUGUUUUAUUGUUUUAAUGAUGAUGAGAAGCCAAACUUUCAUCUGGUUAAGGUGGUGAUAUUUUGUUGUAUAUUUGUUCACAAAGGAGAAUCAGCAAUGGAAGAUGAACUUAACCUGCCAGAAUUUUGGUU